AGGAACUAACCUCCAUGACAUAUUCAGGAGGUUAGAGUUCCGUCCGGAACGUCAAACAAAAAUAAGAAGGAGGUUCGGUUAAAAAAACCAAAAUAUUAACUUUUUUAUAUAGUGUCAAUAUAAAUAUAUGAAAAUGUUGUCUGCAACAAUAAAAGAUUUGGAGAGUAAGGAGGGGGAAAACAGAACUUUAAUUAAGAUCGUAGAGCGGCCGACAUUUAUAUUGAAAACUAGAGAAGGAGAAAAUAGGGCCGUUUCUCCAAGUCAACGUAGCAUAUCCAAAAAGGAUGCAGAUAUAUCCUCAGGAGCACCAAUCAAGAUACAAGAUUCAAUGCGUACGCUAAGUGUAUGUCCUGAGAUGACGACAUGCAUCAAAUUUAUGGAUGAAAAUAUGCAGUUAUGUGAGGGUCCACUAGAUUAUUUGCAUGAUCAACAAGACUUUCUAGUUGUUGGAUGUAUAGGUGCACAUGGUGUUGGCAAAUCAACGAUUAUGUCAUUGUUAACAUCAGAAUAUUCGGCUGACAUUUUUCAAGUUCAAGACUUGUCACAUCACGAGAGUGACAUGAAUUGUACCACUGGCAUAGACUUCUUUGUGACUAAAAACAGGGUGAUAUAUCUGGACACGCAGCCAAUUCUCUCCGGAUCCGUAAUUGAUUACUCUGCGUCCUUUGAUCAGAAGAAAGGCACAGCCGAUUUCGCGAAUACAGAUUCCAAUUUGGAAUUACAAUCGCUGCAGUUUGCGGCGUUUCUAUUUUCAGUAUGUCACGUUAUUAUAUUUGCACAGGAUUGGUUUGUUGAUCCAAAUUUAGUGAGAUUUUUGCAAACUGCAGAAAUGUUAAAACCUUCUUCAACAACCAUCAUGGAUCAAGAUUAUGUGGAAUAUUAUCCGCAUGUUGUGUUAUUGCACAACAAAGCUGAACUGCAAGAUUUUAUGCCUAAUACUAUAAACAAAAUGAAGGAAUUUUAUAACAAGGUAUUUUCCAAUUCUAGACUACAAACUCAUAGCGGUAUAGAUAUGAACUCCUGCUCGACAGAAAGUGGUUUAAAUUUAUUUUUGAUACCUUCCAGAACUAAAGAAGGAGAUAUGAUCUUUUGUGAAAGUGAAAAGUCCCUCGUGGAGAAAUUGCGAAGGAAAAUACAUGGAGUCCCUAGAAACCCAAUGACGCCAUCUGUACUAACAGAAAAAACCUGGUACCAUUACGUUUCGAAAGUCAUGGACGCAAUAAAAAAAAGUCACCUGUCCUCUGAGUAUGGGAGAUUGAUGCCUUAAA